AUGGAGUCCUGUUCUUUCCAAACUUCUCCCAAUUCAGUCAUACAUGCCCACAUCACCCGCCCAGCCAAGGAACACUCUAAGCCCCUUCUAUUGUUUCUGCAUUACUGGGGCGGCAGCUCACAAACAUGGCACAAACUCACGGACUUGGAUUCGUCGACUUCACUGAGUGUGCUUUACCCAACAAUCGCAAUCGACCUACGAGGCUGGGGUCAAUCAACCGGGCCGACCGAUAAAAGCGGCAAAGUCUACUCAAUUAAUGAGAUGGCUAGUGAUGUUGCUACUCUCCUUGCACAUCUCAGCGAAGACCAUACUAAAGAAGACCUCCUCGAGCAUGGCUUUCUUCUCGUGGGUCAUUCAAUGGGUGCAAAAGUUGCGCUCGCAACGAUCGGAUUGUUAAACAACAAUCUUCAGGGUCUCCUCAAAGGACUCGUCCUUGUCGGACCAGCACCACCAAUUGCGCUAGAUCUACCCCCCGAAAUGAAAGCCCAGCAACUCCUUGCAUAUGAAUCAGAGGACAGUGUCCGCUGGACGGUGAACAAUGUACUCGCAAAACCCGGCAAUCUCUCUGAGUCUGAUAUCGAAUUGGUGGCCCAAGAUAGUCUAAGAGGCACCACGUUCGCCAAAGUAGGUUGGCUUUCUUAUGGUAUGCAGGAGGACAUCUCACAGGAUGUCCAGAAAGCUUUAGCUUCUCGGCCUGGUCUGCAAGCUUGUGUGAUUGUGGGAGAGCUUGAUAUUGUCGAGACUAGAGAGAGGACUGAGAAAGAGGUUGUUCAUUUCUUACGUCAAAACGGAGUCGAGGUCCCGUUGACCGUUGUGGAGGGAGUUCAGCAUUUGAUACCUCUAGAAGAUCCCGAGUCGAUCUACAAGGAGAUCAGUCGAUACUGGUAA